UGUAAACUAAUAAAAUCAAUGGUAGUAGCUUCACAGUGUCUUAAGAAAUCGAAAUUAUGUUGUUUGGAUUUCAGCAAUGUUCGGCAACCCCCAACGCUACAAGGCUGCUCCUGCAGCAACACGAGACAAGACAUGCAAAUGCAGGAUGUCUGUUGGCACUACUGUUCCUGGUGCCAUUCCUGGCUCGUAGCUACAGCAUGGUGACUGUCAGCUGUUGCACUUUUGUCUAUGUCGUGUUGGUAGUACCACUCGCCACUGGGUACAUCACCACUGGCUACCUAAUAGCCCUCGCAAAGAGAGUAGUGCUCUUGGUAGUUGUGGACGAGUGUAGUGUGAUGCGUUCGCUAGCGAGACACUCGCGCGCUCUCUUCUCCUGGGUCCACUCAGUCUACCUGCAUCUAGAGAACAUUCACACCACUACUAACCAGGUGGUAUUUAACAUGGCAGCUGAAAAGGUUAUCUGUCCGGAAGAAAGGUUUGCCAGUCUAUACGUUCUGUUGUUUUACACAGUACUGGCCUACCUACAACAAAGUUUACAGAAACGCCAGUGGAGUCAAGUCCUACAUGAAACGACAGCUGCUGACUUUCUCCGUUUAACGACAGCCUUCGUAGUGGCUAGGAUGGGCAAGGCAAUUGUCAUGGGCUUGGUGUUGCUCACCUUCACUGUGCAAUUCAACGACAUAGAACCGCCUCUCAGCUACGUGUUGCUGACCCUCUCCUUCUUCCUGCUCUCACAGUUCCCGGGAACACCAGGGGUGGACUCUGCUCUGGUGGGAGUAGUCAGGGGUCUGGAUUUGUACGAAUUGGAGGGGUUGGAGGAGUGGUGGGUCCCCACAGUGACGAGGGGUGCAGCAGUCACCAUGUCCACAGCACUAGUAGCCCUGCUGAUAUUCCGAUCACAUUUCAUUUUGGCCGCUCUGUUGGGAUACACAAAUGUGCUAGUGCCGUGGUGGCUGCUGCAAGAGAGGUGUUGGGAGCCACUACAGACGCAGCGGAUGGCUACUGCACACUUUCCACUCCCCACUCUACGUCAGCUACGUGACCGUAUUUGUGCAGUAUGCUUGGAUGAUAUGCGCCUGCUCUCUGCGCGUGUCACACCAUGUCAUCACGUGCUGCAUGCAUAUUGCCUUCGCAAGUGUGUCCAAUCUUUCCAUCAGUGUCCUUUGUGUAAACACCCAUUAUGACAAAAUAUAAUUUUUUGUAAAUA